CUUCCACAAGUUUAUAAAUCACAGUUUCAAAAAAAAAAAAAAAAAAAAAAAAAAAAAAAAAAAAAAAAAAAAAAAAAAAAAAAAAAAAAAAAAAAAAAGAGUAUCUUCUAGUCCCUGGAGAUAUCACCAGCAUGAAAUGGCAGUACAACGUCCCGGGUGCUGAUCUUCCUUUUCUUUCUCCAAACCCCUUUUCCAUGCUCCAGGACCGUAUCUACUGGUCAUUUUUCCACUAAAUCCCUUUAUAUACAAUAUUACAAGUGACAAUAGUUUUUUGCGUAAGUGUAAAAAAAAAAAAAAAUUUUUUCCUUGUCAUAAAUUUAUUUAACCGCUGCGGAAUUUAGUGUAAUAAAAAAAAUCUACACACUCAAACAGUGACGUAUCUAAAGCAAAAGGGCACCUGGCACUUGAUAAUACGCGUGACAGACAUUGGAUGCGCGAAAGCACGAGAGAAAGACGCGGUUGGAACCAGACAACGAGGGGUGGGGGGUGACUUCCGGGGGUGAAAUUCGCAAGGCAGUCGUGCCCUCGCCGCGUUACAGGGUGGCCAAUGUGUGUCGCGUCUCAACCACCCGGCGUGAGCAUAUUUUUAUUUUUUCACGCCCGUCUUCUUUUUUUUUUGAGAAAGCCGGUAAUAAUUUUUCAACACUCACGAUUAUGAUUCGUUGAAAAAAAAAAUUCUAGCUUGUUCAGCUGGUAAAUUAGACAUUGCUGAUAACAAAAAUGUAAAUGAAAAAUAAAAAUGUGAACGUCGCGAACUUGUGUCGCUAUUUUUUUUUAAGUGACGAGUGUUUGUGCUCUUUAAGAUGUUUACGUGCCUCUGGAAUUUUUUCGAUUGGCUCGACCAGCCGGUGACCAGCUCUUCAACCGGCAUGGACGGCAAAAAAUUGCAGAAUGUCCAGGCGUCCUCGUCGCCUGCAUCAGGUCAGGUGCGAAUUAAAGGCGGAGGCGAUGGGACAUCAGCGAUAUCAGGAGUGCGGAGAAAAAGUGGUCCACAGGGUCUUAGAUCACCUGCAGCAAAAAGGCCACUUUCUGCCCCUGUCGCUCUUCAAGGAUGGCUCCACAAGCAGGGAUCCGAGGGUCUUAUGCUUUGGAAAAGACGAUGGUUCGUCCUCUCCGAAUAUUGCCUCUUUUAUUACAAAGGUCCUGAGGAGGAGAAAUUAUUGGGUUCGAUUCUAUUGCCAUCGUACAGGGUGACUGUUUGCAGACCAGAAGAUAAAGUUAACAAGAAGUUCGCUUUCAAGGCCGAGCACGCGAACAUGAGAACCUACCAUUUCGCAGCGGAGACACGAGAGAACAUGAACCAAUGGGUGAACGCUUUAACACUUGCCUCACUUCUUCAGGAUCCAAAUCCCCGAGGAGACGAGGCAUCCUCGCCUCUAGAUAUGGCUGGACCAGCGGACGGCGAUCGUAGCGCAAGACCAAGUGUCUCAUCAAUCUCAUCAAUUUUAAACCAAAGUGCUGACGACAGUGACUCUGGUUUCCAUGGCUUCCAAUCACGCGACGAUCCAAGUCAUACUUCCAAUAAUAAUUCCAGUCCAAAUAGCGUGAACACUGCCUCAUUUCCCAAUUUAAAUAACAAUGGAAAUACAAAUGGGAACAAUAAUGGACCAAAUGAUAUGCAACCACAACCAAUGGUGAACGGUUGGAUGCAACAGUCACCUCAAUAUGGACAACCAGGCACCUCACAACAAUACAAUCAAUUUCCCAUUUCUCAUCAACUUCAAUCGGUACAAUCUCAUUCUCAAGUUCUACAAUCACAUUCACAGGUACUUCAAUCGCAAACAUUGCAAACACAUCAGGUGUUACAGUCCCAAGUUGUACAUUCACAAGUUCUUCAGAGUCAUUCACAAAUUCUUCAACCGCACAAUCAAACUCUUCAGGCACUUCAAUCAAAUCAAAAUUCACAACCCCAAACUGUUGGUGUCAAUGCAAAUAUUGUACACACUGUUCAGCCAAUGGGGAGAAAUUAUUGUCAACCUGUGUAUGCGAAUACACCACCGAAACCAAAACGUUUCACUGAAGGUGGACAAAAUUCGACACCAUCGCCUGAUCCAGAUUAUAGGAAAUCGCCAGUCUCACCGGAUAUUAGAAUGACGAGCAAGAGUCCAAUGAAUGAAUAUGACAGGAAUACGACUAUUUAUGGGACACGAGUUCCUGCUCAACAGCAACAGCAACAGCAACAAGCAACGCAGGCAACUCUCAGGACAGAUAAAUCGGGUUUGAAUUAUGGUUUGAAUUAUAAUCAAGAGAGAAGAACGCCGGAUACUUAUGGAAGGAGUGCGAAACCAAGAAGCGGAGGAGGUGGUGGUGGUGGUAGUAGGGGAAAUGGAGACUAUGAGGAUGUUUAUGGAGCUCCUCAGCUUUAUCAGCGGCCCGCUGGUCCCGUGGGAUAUACCAAAGCACCUGCACCGGCGCCUAUUCCGAUUCCAGUUUAUGCGCAACAAAUUCAACAACAACAAGUUUAUGGUGUCUCACCUCAAGUUGCUCCAGUAAUGAGACAACCCAAAGUUCAUCCACCGCCACGGCCCCAUAGUGCUGAUUUCCUCGAGUACGAAGCAAAUCGAAGACCAGAUCAGCAAACUCUCAUUCAGUCAGAUAGUCUCCAAAAUCAAUCCAGGCGACCGCAGAGGCCGAAGUCAAGUUUAGAUAUUGUUAAUCCCUCCGAUACUCCUGCCAAUGACAACUACUUUUACUCCGAGGAAAGAUACGCAGCACAAAUGCGACAAAGCGCAGUUUACAUUCAUCAAACGCCUCAACACCAACAGCAACAAAGGAAUCAGUCACUUUCAAGAGCAACGACGCCAUCAAUGACAUCGAAUAGAGACAGAGAUGUUGAAUCUGGCAUUGGAACGCUGUCGGAAAAUUCCUGCUCUGGAAUUCGACGAUCGAGAGGAGAUCACAUGCAACAUAUCAUUAGUUCACAACCCCUACAGAGGCACAAUGACUUGGCAAGUAACGAGGCACUUUUGAGAAGAUCAUUGCGUGAAAGAAGUUAUGAACCGGCAACAAAUCGAGAAAUGCUGAUUCACAAUGAAAGUGGAACCGUACCUAGAAGAAUGCCACGUGACUACGAUCCAUCGAGUGGAGUUACUCGCACCGCAGGAAUGACAGCGAGUCACGUGACUAAUCAUAGUUCCUAUGGAAGUCCAGCCGCUUGUCAUACUGGGCCUAGACGAUGGAACGAGCAACAGUUCGCCAGGUCGGCAUCGGCUCGAUUGCCACGAACAAGGCAUCCCGCUGCCGUUGACCACGACGACGACGACGACGACGAUUACGCUGAUCGAUCAUCCAAUCACGAUUCAAGGGACGGAGAACGAAAAAUUCAACAGCGAGAAGAAUCGAUGAAGCGACUUUUGGAGUGGAAGCAGCGAAUGCUGCAGUCGCCACUGACUAGAAAGCCCUCUGGAUCAACAAAUAGAGGUACAGCACAAAACGAGUUAUCAAACUACUAUAAACAACAAGCUCUACUUGAUUUGGCUGCUCAUGAAGCUUCUGUCGCUGAAGCACGUCAUUCCAGAAGAAGAGAGGAAACUCAUCGUCCGCACGUCAGAAGUAAAAGCUCCGAUGGUAGAAGAUCUGCGACCAACGUUUCGCGCUACAACAGUUAUUCCAGCGAUGACGAAGAGCUGGGCGAUGUCCGGAGGAAGCGCACGCGUAGACCCUCGCAUACAGGAAGGAGCCCCCGGAAUUUUGGAGAGGAUCGGUCACCCACAACAACUGUCGUCAACAACACUCACAAGUCCAGUGUCGCCGGUAUUGUUAACCCUUCAACUCUCUGUGGAAUUCCGCCGGACGCCGGUUACGAGGAGGUCAACUACCUCCAAGGAAAAUCAACCACAACAAAGGAGAGAAAUUCCACGAAAAAGGACAAUAUCAUGGAUUCACAACAUCACCACCAACAUCAUCAUGAAACACCAAAGAAGCCCUCGGGAAUUUUAAAAACACCGAGUGCUUAUUCAAACCAAGCUGUCACACGAAAUGAAGAUGGAAAACUCAGUACACUAGCUGGUUAUAUACCAGGUGAAACUUGGCAAACAAAAAAUGUUCAAUGGAAAACAAAAGACGAUAACGAAUAUUGGGAGAUGAAGAAAAAAUUAGAUAAUUCCACAAAAUAUUUGAAAACAGAUGAGGAAAUUGUUGAUACAGUAAAUUUGGUACAAAGUCGAAUUAAAUCAUUUGAAUUGUGUUCAAGUCCAGUUAGAGAGACAUUGACAAUGCAAGAGCCAUUGAAAAUUUCUCCACCACAAGCAAUUGAGGCUCAUGUUUCGAAAUUGGACUCAACUCGAAAACCAACGACUAUCAAAGAAUUUGCACUCACCCAAGAAUCUCCAAUUAACGACGACGAAGUGGUGAAUAAGAAAAAUAAAUCUGUCAAGGAUUUACUAGCGGAUUUUGAAAAAAAAUCACAACAAAUAAGACAACAGGAGGAUGAUGAUAAACGAAAGGAAGUAAAACACCGUGGGGUUUUUAGUGACACUGAAACACUUCUCUAUGACACUGGCAGUGAUUUAGAUCAACCGGAAAAAAGCUGUGAGGAAGAUUCACAUUUUCAAAAAUUUCAAAUAUACAAACAAAAUUAUCAACAAGAUGAUAAAUAUCACAAGGAUCGUGAUUAUUUAAAUGAAUAUCAAAAGAAUACAGAUUAUAGAAAAUUCACUGAUAAUUCAAUGAAUUAUCAAAAAAUUUAUGAAUAUAGUAAAAAAACUGAGGAGGAAAAUUAUCAAUUGGAAUCUGAUUAUUUAAAUCAAAAUCAAGAGGAAAAAGAAUCUAAAUCUGAUUAUUUGAAUAAAAAUGAUUAUCAGAAGCAAGAAGAAAAUUAUGGGAAAUUAAAAGUGAUUGAAGAGAAAGUCGAUAGCUAUACGGGAACAAUAAGAAGAAAACCAGAGGAUCGAAAAAGAAGACGUAAGACCUCAAAGGUGGAAGAUUUAGAAACAUCAGGUUACACUCGUUUGAGUAUGACAGAAUCAUUAGUGACUCAUGGUGAUCAAUUUUCCGAUGAAAGUGAAAAUAAUACAAAAGAGGAUACAUCGCCGGAAAAUCAUUAUCUACCAAUGUCACCGCGUAAAUCGAUUCUCGAUCCUAAUAUAGAUGACACAACACCAACGCCAAAAAUGAUGGAAAGUUUAUUUGCCACAUUGGAUCAUGAGGAAAGUUCAUAUGUUGAAAUGACACAAAAUGGAUUGGGUCGUUCACUACUUGCACCAAAUAUCGAUGGUGAUUAUUCAACACUUGAAACAGCGCACUAUGAAUUUGUUUGUGUUACCGAUAAUAAAAUGGAACCAGUUUACAUGGAGGUGAAUCAACUCGCUGAAAAUGAGGAGAAAGUAAAAAAAUGUGAAAAAAGAGAAUCUGAACGUUCUGAACUUCCCGAUAUUCUCACUGCAUUAAAAUCAGAUAGCUCUGACGCUGAUGAUGAAUCGUCGAAGGAUUUGGAUUCAAUUGAUGCACCACGUCAUCCACGUUUCAGUCUUUCCGAUACAUUUAGACCAGCUUCAUAUUAUUUAGGAGCGAGUAGAACACUAAUUGCUGAACUUCACGAUUCAUCGGAUAGUGAAUUGGUGUCACCGCCUCCAAUUCCAACGUCACCGCCACCAAUGGAGGAUUUGGAGGAAGAACAGAACAAACAAACAGGCACGAAUCUUUCACGGAAGUCUACAGAAUCAACAAGGGAUAGUCGAGUCUCUUUAGAGAGUACGGGAAGUGAUUCGACGGAAUUAAAAAAUCCUGAAGAAGCAAGACAUAGACAAUUGAAAAGAAGACCGGUGAGUGAUGAUGUUUGUGAAGUAUUGGAUAGUCUUGAUGAACUCGAAUCACUUGGUAGUCGUUUUGAUGGUGCGAGUAUUGAUCUUGAUCAAUAUCUCGAGGAAUUGCAAGCUAGGGAUGCAUUCAACGUUGAUCUCUAUGCCAAGGAUUUAAGUUACAAUAGUAUUUAUGGUUUCAAUGAGAAUAUGCUGGUGGCUGAUAAAUUACAAAAAACAUCAUGUCAGGAUAAAAUGAAUCUCGAUCAACCAUUCACCUAUGGUACAAGAGGCAAAACAAGUUCAGCGAGUAGUCUUCCCUCAAUGCGUGUCUCUGAUCUUCCACCAUCGCAUCAACAUUCACAAUCAUUCACCGGCGAUGCACACUAUGAGAACGUUUUGAGUUUCUCUCCCCUUCGUGGUUCACCAGCUGUCACACGAUCCGAGGUCGAGAGUCCAAUUUACAAAUCAAGACCACAGCAAAUUUCUCCAAAACCAAUUACUCUGCAAAAUCAUUCACGAUCAGCGAGUCAGGAUUCAGCUCGUUAUUCCCUAUCGCCAAAUCAAAGAUCAUCGUCGAGUCAAGAUUCAAAAACAUCGCCACAAAUUUAUUUGGCUACUGCCGAUCAUGCACCUUAUUAUUAUUCUGAUUUGCAAACGGGUGCAACUACUGAAACACAACCAAGAUCAUUGUUUCACACAUCGAGAUUACCACAGCUCAACAAUCAACGCGGCGAUACUUCGAUCAAUAAACGAAAUGACAUUGGAAGAAUGGUUAAUCCAAUUGCACGACAACUACCGAGACAAAUUCAAGUCGACGAUAUUGAUGAGGCACGACGAAUUGCCGCCGAAUUGAGAAAAACAACACAAUUUUUGGCUGAGGAUAAAGUUGGAUUGGUUGAUAAGAGAAAUUUUUACGAAGCCGAUACAUUGCGUAGGGUUAAAUCCACGGAUCCAUUACCCGAUGUUACAUUACCUGAUGUGAGUACAAGAAAUUUAUACCCCCAUGGUCUGAGGGAUAAAUCCGGUAGUCAACAAUUAGAACCUGAAUUUCCCAUUGUUACCACAUCGCACAGACGAUCAAGAUCAUUGGAAGGAUUAUUGGAUGACGUGGGACUGCAAAAUUUAGUUGAGGAACGAAAUAGAGCGAAUAGAAUUUUAAAUGAAACAACAACUGUCGAAAGAAGUGCAAAUACAAAUACAAGAAUUGAGACGGAAAAUAUCAGGAGUCAACAGGGAACAUUCGAAGAUCCUUGGGAACAGGAUUCCCUCUGGCGUGAGAGUCUCAGAAGAGUGAGUCUUCGUCAUGCAAGAUCAUUGGAUAAUUUGGAAACUCCACCGAGACCGGCGAGAACGGAAUUAAAAUCAAGAGGUAAAAUCACUCGCGGUGCAAUUUACGUUAAUGACAGUGUGAUAUCGGGUACUUUAGACAUUGAUCGAUCAACGAGAGUCAAGAGACGAUCAAAUGAUAAUGAACAAAAUCAAAAUUUGGAUCAAAAUGCAAAUUCAUCAAUGGGAAAUAAUGAAGACGAGGAAGACGAUGCCUAUGAAACUUUAGCAAUGGAUAGAAUUGGUGCCGGUGGUUAUGUGUGGGAUUCAAAAAAUGAGGCGUACAGAAAGCCAAAUACAAUUGAGAAGCAUUUUUUAGUGGAAGGCAACCUUCCCCCGAGUGGAUCGAGCGUGGAAAGAACGCGGACAACGACGUCGUUCGAGCUCGAUCGAGAAAAGCUCCGUCAAUGGGACCUGUUGUCGAGCGCUUGCUUACUCCAGGAACAGCAGCGCACAUCGAUGGCGGAUUCGGGGCGAGGGUUGCCUAUCAACGAUCGAGUAUCUACAGGCCAAGACGGCAAAGAAUCAUCACCGACAACGAUGACGACAAUGACGAAGACAACAAUCAAAUCCAAGAGAAUUCCACCAGAUGAUCGUAAAAAAUCUGAUGAUGAUGAUGAUGAUGAUAUGCAGGAAUCGUCAACGAGGGCUACAGCAUCCCAAUCAGGAUCAGUUAUUGGCCGCGAUCCACUUCCAUCGAGAGCUGUAAGCACAUCUCAAUUACCACAGAAAAGUCUAACUCAGUCACCGCCAACCCACGUGUCAACACUUCCGCUUCUGCGAAACAGUGGUAGCAGCCAUCGUCAGCAACCACUUCCGGUUCAUCAAUCGACACUACAAUCGACGAAACAAUCAGAGCAUGGAAGUCUAAUUAACUCGCAGAUUUUAAAAGCCGCCAGUAGCGGUGACGUACGACUCAAUUCAACGUUAGAAUCGAGAAUUUCCUCACCAAGUGGACAAUCAUCUCAAAGGCUAAUGAGUCCAGCAUCACAUUUAAGAGUGAUUUCGCCAAUCGAUCAUCGAGUUUCGAGUCCCAGUGACAGUGAAAGACAAUUACACAGUCCAAGCGAAAGAAGCGUGACCAGUCCACUGAGAAGAGAAGUGGAUCGAGGUGGAGGCGAUUUAAGACAAAUUCAGAGAGUCCGAGAAUGCAUUGAACUUUUACAUAAGCGGAACAACAUAAAUUCGAGACGAUCUGGAAGGGUAAAAUCAACGGGAAAUGGAAAUCUAGUACAAGUAUCGGCUGGUGAACUUUUGGGUCGUACUCACGAGGAAUUGGUCCUAUUGCUCAUCCAACUUCGUCGACAGAGUUCAACCUUGUGCAAAGCAAUGGAAAAUUGUCACAUGGAAAUCGAGGCCCAGGCCAGAUUAGUUGAACUCGAUACUCCGAGUCGUCUGGAGAAUCUGCAAAAACAGGAGAAGUUGGAGAAACAUCUAAUGGAUCUAGAGAAAGAGUAUGAAAAGGGGAAACCAUUGGAGAAUCUGGUGGCCAAUAUGUUGAAAUUAGGAUCGCUCUAUAAUCGAAGUACUGCUAAUGGAAGUGUUUCUGGUUCUCGUCAUGACCUUCUACAGGAAAACACAAGGGAAUAUCGAGAUCGACUCGAAUUUAAUCAAAGAGUCGAAGAACAGAGACUUUUGGCCCAGGAGAGAAGAGACUGGGACAGACUCAGUCCUGAUCAUGGACAACUUCAAGCGAAGGUGCAUCAACUCUUUAAAACCGACCGGUUACUUCAGGAAGAAUCAGCCACAGUUCAUAGUCUUCAGCAGGACAAGGAAAUUUUGCAAAAGGCAUUGGAGAGUCUACGGUACAAAUUGCAAGGCAACAGAAAUAGUCCAGCGGAAGUUGAACACUACCGGCUUUUGGAACGGGAAUUAAGCAAAGUGAGAAUGCUCCUUGCUCAUCAUUCAAAGAAACUAGAGGAGACAGUUGCGGAGAAUGAUCGACUUGAACAAGAUCUUGUUGUAUUGAGACAAAAGCUUCAGCCCUCGAGAAGAUACGUGGGAAGCAUGAUUCGAGAUUCGACAGGAACCACUGCUGCAUGGGAAGCGGAAUUAGCUCAGCAACAUGUGAGCGAUCUCAAGAGACAGAGGCAGGAACUAAGCAACCAAAUUCGACAGCUCAAGGAGCAAAUUAGGCCGCAGACAUCUACAACACCUCAAGUUCAUCACUCAAAAAAACGUGCACCUUGCUCAUGGUUAGAGACGGAUUUAGAUUCGGGAAUAACUCGCGAUCAUGGAUUAAAUCAUUCGCCAUCGAGUCCAUCGAGUUCGUCAUCGCCACACGGUAGACAAAUUGAAAGUCCACCACAAUAUAUUUCACAAUCUUCACCGCCCUAUAAAGAGCCAUUGUCAUCCUAUAAGGAAAAUUCUUAUCGUUAUUCACCGCCUCGUCAAAAUCAACAACACUCGCCACAAAAUCAUAUCACCGCUUUAUCACCACAAUUACGUGAACAAAUUCAACAACAUCAACUCAAACAACAACUGCUCAAAGAUCAAAUUCAAGGGAAAAGCAGUCCAAUACAAAAUAAUAUUCCUCUUUAUGUUAAUACCGAGGCUAGAAAAGAGGGGAAUAAUAAACAUUACGAUAGUCCGACGAAUAAUGAGGCGAUUCAUCCACCUGAAUAUAUACCGCCGCCGCCACCACCACCGCCAAAUGACGAUAGUUUGUUAAUUAAUGGAAAUUACGGACAGGAUGAUAAUAAAUUCGCUGGAUUGAUACACGGUAGAGAGAAGCAGGAAAUUAAAACUGUGAGGAUAGUAAAAAGAGAAUCGGAAAGACGACAAAGGGAUCGUGGCGAUAGAACGGGAGGUCUUGGAAUUCCCCUGACAAAUGGUUUAGCUGCUCCUGGCGGUGCAAAGAGACUCGGCGAAGACGAAUUCGGAGGCUCUCAGCAUUUUGAGAAGGCACAACUUGGAAAAGUAGUCGAAGAGUCGCCAAUAUCUCAUGCUCAAAGUACAGUUCAGUUAUCUGAAAUUGAUGAUGUUCAAUUCCAGAGAAGCAUGUCUUUACCCAGAGGAUUUGGAGGCCAGCGACCGCAUCCAGCGGUGCAUCAAGCUCCUGUUCUCCCGCCUCCGAGAAGUGACAGUAUGAACGCCUUAAAAAAUAUGAUAGCACGACGCCACCGUGUCAGGUUUGAGAAUCAGGAUGGAAGUUCCGACAGCACACUUUCGCCGUAUACGGAUAGUCCCUCAUCAAGUUCUUACGUUCCAAUGAGUUCGCCGAACUAUUCGACAAGUCCGCCUUACAGUCCAAGUCAGCAGAAUUAUCAGGUUCAGUCAAUAAGGAGUCAGCAACAGCAGCAACCGGUGCAGUAUUAUUCUCAAUAUGGAUCGACACCAUCGAUCAGAGCAACUGAGAGUCUCGGGGGAAUUUUGAAUUCUGGACCAAUGUCACCGACAAUUAUUCCAAGUGUCCAUGAAAGGCUAUUUGGCUCAGCGGCAAGUCUCAAUGGUAUUGGCGAGACAUCAUCACCGCCACCACCUCAAUUGUCACCUGUUUUUAAAAGUGAAGCAGCUAAACAAAUAAUUAAGGAAAUGACGGAGAAAAAAAUUGAUACACCCAAAAGACGAUUAGUACCAAAGGAAAAACGAAGACAUUACACUGUGUCGAGUAGUAAACCCAUUUUUGAUUUGGAAGACACAAUUACGAAAAUGGGAAUGGGUAGAGCAAGGGACGAUUUGGAUAUGGAACGAGCAUUGAGGCCGAGAAUAAAUGCUCCGGACGUUGUGAGAUCGACAUUAAGCCAAAAAGAAUUAAAAUAUAAUGAAAGUACAAUUGAUCAACUCUUAGGAACGCCAAAUAAAAUUGUUAUUCCCGAACGUUAUAUUCCCGAAAAGACGCCAGAAUUGACGGCCGAAGAAAGGGAACAACGUCUAAAGAAAGUGGAAUCUAUCAGAAAAAUGCUUUCAGAAACUGUAGUCACAGCAUCCGAAGGAGGAGAAGAUGAGAAAAGUCCCGAGAAAUCAGGAACAUUGAAGCAAAAAGUCGAGGAGGAAAAAAGACAACGUGAACAUAUUCUUCAGCUCAAUCAAAUAUUAGCGAAACAAGUGAUGGAAAAAAGUAAAAUGGUAGCUGUAAAGGCCCUGGCGACUCUUCCUCUGGAUCAAAAUCCACGAUUCGAUGAUGAUGAUCUGUCGCCAUUAACACCUUUACCUCUUUAUCAACAAAGGGAGAAUUUUUAUUCAUAGAAUAAAGGGGAAAAAAAACAAAUUUUUUAGUAAACUGCCAAAUUAAGAAGAAAGUAUAUAAAAAAAAUUCUAAAUGAAAUAUUUUGGCUUUAUUAAAAAUGCAGAUCACAAAUUUUCAUCGUACACUCGAAAAAUUCGUAUUUUUCUCUCUUUAGAAAAAAAAGAGAGAGAGAGAGACUAAAAUUUCAAGUAAAGUUAACUUAUAAUAAUUAAAAAAAGGUAAUUAAUUAAAGUUUAUCGCAUUAACAGCUGAAGUUUUAACCAAAGCCGGAUUGCGAGAAGUAUGAAUGAGUAAAAAAUAGAAAAAAUAGAAUUUUAGCAUGAGUGAGAAAUUAGGUAUCUAUAAUCUCAGAUACAUUUAACAAAUACAUAAUAAUCAAAUUUUAUUAUUGAGAAAAACCAGUGCCAAAACUCGUUCGUUAUUCUCUGACGAGCAAAAUAAAAAAUAGGUGUCAAUUACAUAAAAUUAGAAUUUGAAAAUGUUUCUUAAAAUCUAUUAAUUAUUAAUUAUUAAUUAUUAAUUAUUAAUUAUUAAUUAUUAAUUAUUAAUUAUUAAUAAUUAUUUUAAUUAUAAUAUAAUUAAUAAAAAAUUAUAUUUAUAUUAAACUUUCAGGGUAAGAAAAAGCGAAUGACUUUGGAUUUUGAUUCUAAAUUUUUUCGUGAUAAAAAAAGGUUUUUUUUUUGUCUCCAAGAGACUGAAAUUAAAAAUUAUUUAGGAAUAUUUUCUGAAAAUAUAUUUUUUUUCGGAAAUCUAAGGUCAAUCGAUUUUUCCGAAAUCUUUUUCUAUAUAAAAUAUAGAAUUAUAACUUUUUUACCUCGUGUGUAUAAGUCUAUAAUAAAAAUUUACAUCAAUAAUUUUGCACUUUUAGAAAUCUCGAGAUUCUUUGGAAAAGAAAUUUUUUUUUUCCCCUAAAUAUUUUUGUAAUAAACAAAAUAGAGAAAAAAAAAGAAUUAAAUUUGUAAUUUUUUAUUAAGUGUAAAAAAUUUUUUUUGUUUAAAAGUGAAUUUUAAUUAAAAAAUUUUUUUUUCCAAAGUAAACUCUUGAUAGUUUUUUUUUUUUUUUUUUCUAGUAAAUGUUUCUACGUUCUAUUUUUCACGCUUUCUUUACAUAUUUUUGCCCCAUUGGCUAUCAAAUGUCAAUGACUUCGGUACAGCUUUAAAGAAAGACAAGCCCAUAGCAGAGUGAUAAUCGAAUAAAAUACUGUUAAUGUAAGCUAGUAGAUAUUUUUUAAUAAGUAAAAUUGAAAAACAAAAAAAUGAAUUUUACCGAGUGUACGAUGAAUUUUUUUUUUAUUUCUAAAAAAAUUUUUUGUUUGAAACAAAUUUGAAAAAUUAUUUUGAAAAUUUGUGAUCACAAUAUUUAAUAUUGUUUUCUACAUUUUUGACAAUAACGAAAUCCCUUUUGUUUUUAUAUAUAUUUAAUUUUGUAUAGUAAUGAAUUUUUUCUUUCAAUUUCUUUUUUUUCAAUGGCAAAUGAAAAUUUUUCCCUUUCAAUUUUAAUAUUAUAAUUAUAUUAUAAUUUAUAAUUGAAAAAAAUCGAAGUAAAAAUUCUAAUAAUGAAAAAUUAUUUUCAUUUGCUGCUGGAAAAAAUUUUUUAUUUUCUGUAUGAAAAAAAAAAAAAAAAAAAAAACAUUUCUCAUAGAAAUAGAAAAAUUAUAAUGGUAGCUCUUCCACAAUUUUAAAGCACAUUGUAAAUAUCAAUUUAAUUUAAAAAUUUUAGAUAAUCAUUAAAUAGGUAUACUGAUAUUUUAAGUAAAAUUAUAAAUCGUCAAAUAUAUAGGAAAAAUACCAAGUUCAGUUUCAUAUGUAAAUGUAAAAAUUGACACAAUUUCCAGUGAGGUAAAAUGGACGGACUUAUUGCAAAAAAAAAAAGUAAAACAAUUUUCGCUUAUUGUAUAAAUAAUUAUUAUAUCGAGAUAAACGUAUAUAUAUAUAUAUAAUAAUUGAACGAUAAUCAUGUCUCGAUAGGAAUUUUUCCUAAAAUUUAUUUCUAGAAACUUUUUUUUUCUUUGUAAAAAAUAUAUUUGCAAAAAUUAAUUUAAAAAAAAAAAAUAAUUUUAGUUUUUUAGGCAAAAAUAAUGUAAAUUUUUUUAAAAAUACUUUCUUAUUAUUAUAAUAAUAAUUGUUUUUUCCUUUAGUAAUAUUUAUUAGUAAAUUAGUAUUUUCUUAAUAGUAGAAUAAUUUUUGGCAGCUAAAAAAGAAAAAUUACACGAUGCAUAAUAAAUAAAAUCUAGAAGCUCAAUUAUGUUUUUAAAAAUUAUACGCAGUCUUUUCAAAAUUUUAUUUUUUUAUUCGCUUAGAAAAAAAUUUCAAAUAAAUUAAAUUUUAAUUCUAAAAUCAAUUUUUUUUUUAAGAUUUUUAAAAUUACUUUUCCACAAAUAAAUUACAUUUACAUUUAAAUUACAUUUUUUAGUUAUUUUUUAAUUAUAUCUUAAAAUUUAAUUUUAAAUAAAUUUUAAUUUUUAUGUGUAAUAAAAAAAAAUUUUGCUGAUAUUUAAAUAUUUUUGAAAAUUUCUCAAAUUUUUUCUCUUCUUUAUAAAAAAAAAAUAUAUUUACAAAUUGAAUGGACUGCGAAUAAAUCUGUUGAUUAUUGAAUAGUUGUACACAUAAUAUCGUCAUUAUAUAAAUAUAAUAGAUUAUAAAUAGGCGAACGAAUGAUAAAAAUUAUGUACGAAAUUAUGUUUAUAUAUAAAUAUAUAUUACUUAUAAAUAUAUAAAUAAUGAAUUUAGAAUUUAAGAUCGUUUUGAAAAAUAAGUAUAUAUAUAUAUACAUAUAUAUAUAUAUAUUGGAGAGGGAGUGUUUUGUUGAUCGCGAAUUAUGCAAAAUCCAAACGUAUAUUAUAUAAUUUAAUGUUACUACUGUUUCAUGAGAAAUAAAACACAAACUGGUUUUUA